AUGCAGGCCAAGCUCCUCGUCCUCCUUUCCGCCCUCGCGGCCUCCACCUCGGCGCACGUCAACUACCACGGCGCCGUUGCCGCCCGCGAAGCCGCCGCCGUCGCGCCCGUCCUCGCCCCCCGUGCCACCGGCAACGACGCCGAGUGCCAGUCCGCCGUCAUCUCCGCCGGCACCUCCAUCCCCACGCCUCCGCCCGAGGUCCUCUCCGCCAUCCAGGCCAACACCCAGACCGCCGACCCCUGCAAGUUUUCCACCCCGGCCUCCCUCUCCAAGGAGUUCGCCAGCUACUCUUCCCAGCUCGAGUCCUGGGCCUCCAAGAACAAGGACAUCCUCACAAAGUGCUCCGCCCUCGCCAGCCUCAACACCAUCUCCGCCGCCUCCUGCAAGGCCACCGGCGCCGCUGCCUCCACCUCCAAGACCAACGGCGUGGUCGCGGCCCGCGAGACUGGCGUGGCUGUAGCUGCCAUGGCUGCCGCUGGUAUUGCCGCUAUCGCUCUGUAA